AUGCGCCGGAAGGGCACCCUGAGCGUGCAGCCGGCCCCCGGAGCCAGGCCGGCCAGGCCGGCCGCCUCCCCGGCUCGCGCCGUACGACAGAGCCAGGCACGCCGGGACGGCCGCCUCCCCGGCUCGCGCCGUACGACAGAGCCAGGCACGCCGGGACGGCCGCCUCCCCGGCUCGCGCCGUACGACAGAGGCAGGCCAGCCGGGACGGCCGCCUCCCCGGCUCGCGCCGUACGACAGAGCCAGGCACGCCGGGACGGCCGCCUCCCGGCUCGCGCCGUACGACAGAGCCAGGCACGCCGGGACGGCCGCCUCCCCGGCUCGCGCCGUACGACAGAGCCAGGCCAGCCGGGACGGCCGCCUCCCCGGCUCGCGCCGUACGACGGAGCCAGGCACGCCGGACGGCCGCCUCCCCGGCUCGCGCCGUACGACAGAGCCAGGCACGCCGGGACGGCCGCCUCCCCGGCUCGCGCCGUACGACAGAGCCAGGCACGCCGGGACGGCCGCCUCCCCGGCUCGCGCCGUACGACAGAGCCAGGCACGCCGGGACGGCCGCCUCCCCGGCUCGCGCCGUACGACAGAGCCAGGCACGCCGGGACGGCCGCCUCCCCGGCUCGCGCCGUACGACAGAGCCAGGCACGCCGGGACGGCCGCCUCCCCGGCUCGCGCCGUACGACGGAGCCAGGCACGCCGGGACGGCCGCCUCCCCGGCUCGCGCCGUACGACGGAGCCAGGCACGCCGGGACGGCCGCCUCCCCGGCUCGCGCCGUACGACGGAGCCAGGCACGCCGGGACGGCCGCCUCCCCGGCUCGCGCCGUACGACGGAGCCAGGCACGCCGGGACGGCCGCCUCCCCGGCUCGCGCCGUACGACAGAGCCAGGCACGCCGGGCGGCCGCCUCCCCGGCUCGCGCCGUACGACAGAGCCAGGCACGCCGGGACGGCCGCCUCCCGGCUCGCGCCGUACGACAGAGCCAGGCACGCCGGGACGGCCGCCUCCCGGCUCGCGCCGUACGACAGAGCCAGGCACGCCGGGACGGCCGCCUCCCCGGCUCGCGCCGUACGACAGAGCCAGGCACGCCGGGACGGCCGCCUCCCCGGCUCGCGCCGAACGACGGACCCAGGCCGGCCGGGACCGCCGCCUCCCCGGCUCGCGCCGUACGACAGAGCCAGGCACGCCGGGACGGCCGCCUCCCCGGCUCGCGCCGUACGACAGAGCCAGGCACGCCGGGACGGCCGCCUCCCCGGCUCGCGCCGUACGACAGAGCCAGGCACGCCGGGACGGCCGCCUCCCCGGCUCGCGCCGUACGACAGAGCCAGGCAAGCCGGGACGGCCGCCUCCCCGGCUCGCGCCGUACGACAGAGCCAGGCACGCCGGGACGGCCGCCUCCCUGGCUCGCGCCGUACGACAGAGCCAGGCACGCCGGGACGGCCGCCUCCCUGGCUCGCGCCGUACGACAGAGCCAGGCACGCCGGGACGGCCGCCUUGGUGGUGAUACAAGGUGUUUCCUCCGUUCUCAUAGGAACUGGUCAUGACACCUCUGGGGGCCCCCAGGACAAAUUGCAGGGGGCUGCCAAGGGCUGGGAUAGUUCCUUGCAAAAGCUGCCCAAACUGGACUUUCCUGUUGACAAGAAGGGGGACCAGGCUCCUGCCUGGCCCUGGAAUCCGCCUCCGCUCCGGGGAAUCCCCUGGGGUCCCCCCGAGACCAGGCGGGGCCCCGAGUCCCAGCCCGCCCCGCUGGGCGGGGCUUGUCCCCAGCCUAAGAAGCCGCCGGGCGGCAGGCAGAGGUCGCUGCGCGGCCGCUCGGGGACCGGCCCGGCGGGUCUCUGGGUUCGGGGCUCGCUCCGGGGAGCCCGCGGCAGCAGCAGCAGGAAGCUCCGCUGGAAGGACACGUAG